AUGGACGCCGAAAAGGGAGUUUCAAUCGUGGGGUUUGACCCAGCGAUGACUCCAGCGCCUCCCAUUCAUGAGUCAACGCCAGGAGACACCAAAGAAAAUCUGUGGAUCAAAUUUUUGUCGUUCAUAGGAUGGUAUCAUAAGGGGAUGCAGAGCGCUGAGAAGCUUCUUGUGCUCAAGCUGGAUCUCAGUAUUCUCAUCUUUGGGUGCUUAUCGUUUUUCACCAAAUAUCUGGAUCAGCAAUCUAUCACCAACGCCUACGUGAGCGGCAUGAAAGAGGAGAUCGGUCUCUAUGGCAACGAGCUCAACUACCUUACUGCCACAUUUUGGGCAUCAUACUGUACGGCAAUGAUACCUGCAUGCUACUUCAUCACCCGAUACCCGGCGAAUCUCGUCCUUCCCACACUGGAGCUUGGAUGGGGUCUAGCAACUUUCGGAUUAUCGUGGGCGAAGAACGUCAAUACUCUCUACGCAUUGCGCUUCUUGGUCGGGCUGUUCGAGUGCGCCUCAUUCACUGGCACCAUAUAUAUCAUAGGGUCAUGGUACAAGCCCCAUGAGAUUGCAAGAAGAGUUGCAAUAUUCUUCGUAUCAAGUCCCUUAGGUACCAUGUUUGCUGGCUACCUUCAAGCCGCGGCCUAUACGCAUCUGAAUGGCGUGAACGGUUUGUCUGGAUGGAGAUGGUUGUUCAUAAUCGAUGCUAUCAUUACGCUUGGUAUCUCGUUCCUCGGGUACCUCGUGUUUCCAGACGUACCAUCUAGGAAAAAGCCGUGGUUUUUGUCGUCCGAGGAGCAAGCACUUGCACAAAAGCGACUGGCGGGAUUCACCGCUCCACCGGAGCUAAAACUAUCGCGAAGUAUCUUCAAACGCGUAUUUGGUCGCUGGCACUUCUAUGUUUUUGUUCUCCAGUGGACACUGAUGGAUCUCAACUUUCAGACGAGUAGCACACCGUUUUCGUUGUACUUAAAAGCGUAUAGUCCCAAGUUAUAUUCUGUCGUGCAGGUAAAUACUCUGCCCACGAUCGCCACAGCAAUAUCUGUCGUGGCAGCCAUAACCGCUGGUGUUGCGGCGGAUAAGCUACGCAACUUUUGGAUGCCAAUAGUUGCGACAAUGGUCCCUGUGGUGAUUGGCAUGGCAAUGCUCGUGGCAUGGAAUAUCGGCGAGCAUGCGCGUUUGGCAGCAUUCAUGCUAGGGGGCUUUAUUGGUCCGUUGUCGCCUAUGUCGAUGAGUUGGGCAUCUGUUAUAAUGGCGAAUGAUGCCGAAGAACGGGCCGUUGUUACUGCCAGCAUGAAUUCAAUUGGGCAGGCUAUUACGGCUGGUGUUCAAGUUGUGAUGUAUCCAGCUACGGGCGCGCCGAGAUGGGUCGCAGGUUUCAAGGCAAAUCUUGCAUUGAGCUUACUUCAGGUGGUUGUAACAUUCGGCAUCGUUUUCCUUAGUAGGCGGGAGCGGAGAGGACGGCCCAGGAGGGCAGGCAUUGUCCCCAUACUCACAGAGAGUAACGGCACUCCCGCAGGGCAAGUGAGUGAGGAAGACUUGGGCCAACCUAGAUGA